UAGUAACCAAACACUGCUGACUCUCACUUGCUCCAGACACUCUGAGAGAUUGCUGCCAUCUAGCCAAAAAUGGAUUCAGACUGUCUUUCCAGCAGAUCUUCCUCACCAGAGUUUGACAGAGGAGAAAGUCCCCAGUUCCUUAGUGGGGCUAUGUUCCAGGCACAUAGUGUGGGACAGAGAAUGCCUCCCAGAGGAAGAGUAAAAGCUGGCAAAAGAGAACUUACCCAAGAGAAUCAGCAUGAGCUUCGUCUAAAGGUGAACAGUCGUGAAAGACAGCGCAUGCAUGACCUUAACCAAGCCAUGGAUGGUCUGCGGGAAGUGAUGCCAUACUCCCAUGGUCCCUCUGUAAGAAAGCUCUCCAAAAUUUCUACCUUGAUAUUGGCUCGAAACUACAUAGUUAUGUUGUCUAAUUCUUUGGAGGAAAUGAAAAGGCUGGUCAAUGAGGUAUAUGGAGCUCAACGUGCUCCUGGGUGUGCAAGCUCUCUAUCCACCCGAGUGCCACAACUACCACCGGUAAUGCCAACAGUGCCAGCAUCAGACUAUGCCACUUAUUUAAGUUUGUCCUCUUCAGAUAUUUGCCAACCUCCUGCUACUGCUCCACAUUUUCUAGGGCUGCCAUGCCCAUGCCACAUUUGCCAGUAUCUGCCACAACCACCACGCAGGACUGCUGCUGUUGCUGUUUCAAGACCCAUAAAAUAAUUGGAAGUGGGAAAAGAACUGAACUUUUUGUGUCUUGCAGGUAACCCGUACAAACUAUUCACAUAUUAACCAACCAGCCACAUGGCUCAAAGGUUAUUUUUAUGGCCAGUCUGCCACCUUGUCUGAUUCUGCCUAUAUUCAAAGGACAUUCAACUACAGUGUGUUUUCCAUUAGGCUCCACAAUGCCUUCUACUGCUUUUGACAUUUGUUUUACUGUUAUGUUAUUGUUUAUGAUUCCUGCAAUGCAGUGCUUUAAUGUUGCUUUGCCUAAUGUUGUUCAUAUAUAUUUAUAUAUUAUGCUACAUAUAUAAAAUGUAAUUUUUAUAAAUAAAAGGUAAAACGUA